CAGGCACACGUGGGGACGGGUGGGACAAGGAGACAGGCAUACAGGUGGGACACGGGGAUGAACGGGACACGGGGACAGGCAUGCAUGGGGACAUGGGGACCAGUGGGGCACGGUGACUUGGGGAUGGAUGGGAUGUUGGGAGAGUCACACUUGGGGACACGGGGACCAGUGUGACACAGGGAUGGUUGUGCGCUGGGAUGCCACACUUGGGAUGUGGGGACAGCUGGGACACAGGGACAGUGGUACCUUGGUGUGCAGGGAUGUAGGGAUGUCUGGGACAUGGGGACAGCCACAUCUGGGGACAUAGGGACAGCUGGGACGUGAGGACAACCAUACCCUGGGAUGGCACACUUGGGCUGUGGGGACAGUUGGGACAAGAGAAGAGACAGGCACAGGGAUGGGGGGAUGCACUGGGACAUAGGGAUGGCUGGGACACGGGGACAGCUGGGAUGUGGGGACAGCAACACUCAGAGAUCUUUGGGUGGCUGUGACACAGGGACAGUCACGCCUGGGGAUAGGGGGACAGCCAGGACACAGGGAUGUAGAGACAAUAGGGAUAGGGGGACAGCCCUGCUUGAGGGCACAGGGACAGUUAUAAUCAGGGACACUGUGCAUGGGGACAGCUGGGAUACGGGGACAUCACCGCUCCCUCUGUCCCCAGGCCUCACGGUGGCCUUUGGCCUGUCCCCUCUCCCCCCGCCACCCAGGCGUCCCCGCGGGACAAUGAACAUGCUGGCUCCGGUCCGCAGGGACAGGGUCAUCGCCGACCUGCCCCCGUGUUUUCGGAAGGAGGCCGCCCUGCACGCCCGCCCCGCCUUCCACCCCGGGGUGGCCAGCGCCUGCCAGGAGCAGCGGACGGGCACCGUGGGGUUCAAGAUCUCCAAGAUCAUCGUGGUGGGAGACCUCUCGGUGGGGAAGACCUGCCUGAUCAACCGCUUUUGCAAGGACACCUUUGACAAGAACUACAAGGCAACCAUCGGGGUGGAUUUUGAGAUGGAGCGGUUCGAGGUGCUGGGGGUGCCCUUCAGCCUGCAGCUGUGGGACACGGCCGGACAGGAGCGCUUCAAGUGCAUCGCCUCCACCUACUACCGGGGAGCGCAAGCCAUCGUCAUCGUCUUCGAUGUCAACGACGUUGCGUCCCUGGAGCACACGCGGCAGUGGCUGGCUGAUGCCCUGAAGGAGAAUGACCCAUCCAACGUCAUCCUCUUCUUGGUGGGCUCCAAGAAGGACCUGAGCACGCCAGCGCAGUACAGCCUGAUGGAGAAGGAUGCUCUGAAGGUGGCCCAGGAGAUGCAGGCAGAGUACUGGGCUGUCUCCUCGCUCACCGGAGAGAACGUGCGGGAUUUCUUCUUCCGCGUGGCAGCGCUGACCUUUGAGAGCAGCGUGCUGGCCGAGCUGGAGCGCAGCAGCGCCCGCAAGAUCGGCGACACCGGAUCAGCAGCAACGAGAGCGACCUGUACCUGUCAGCGCCCCGCAAGAAACCCAAGUGCUGCCAGUGAGGUGGCAGCCCCCGGCCCCCCCAGGUACUCACACCUCUGGACCAAAGAGGGGUGGCCUCGGCUGGCCCCCAGGCACCAUCCCUGCCACCCCUGGCCCCCCAUCUGCCCGGGCACCCACAGCCGCGUGGGCAGGAGCACCCGUGCGGCUCCCUCAGCUAUGCAAACCCAGGCACUGCUCGCCAGGGCAGAUGCUCUCGCGUUCUCGUUUAUCUUAAUAAAACCUUUUUUAUGCUUUUUAACAAAGGUGUGAGGCUGGGGGCCAAGGCCAACUGCGGCUGCCCCUGGGUUGACCCCCCAGUCUUGUGGGGAGGCAGGGGGAUGGAGCCAG